AAUUUCACGCCCUGGCCACUACCGCCGCUUUGCCUCGUAGAAUUCGGUGGGUGAUUUCAGUUUUUCUCCGUUGGAGGUUCGGAAGCACCUACUUGAAGUUGAAGGAUUCUGGAUUCGUCUCCGGACAGAGACGAGAGCGCUCUCUCUUUCUCUCUGUCGCUCCGAAGAUUAGCGGUUCAUCUGCGUUGUUCGUCCACAUUCUGUCAGGAUUUCCGACGUCGAACGUGUCAUGUGCGCUGUGAAUGUCGGAGGAACUUCAGCGUAAUCAUAUAACACAUAACAUUGCUCUAGGAUUUGCUCGGUCUUCAUUUGCACGCCAAAGAUGUUGCAGUGGAUGGGAGGAUCGAGACGGAAAAUAACGACUUCCAGGAAGUCAACUCAAAAGAGGCAAAAGCACUAUUUUGAGCAAAAGAAGAGGCAACAGCAACAACAAAAUUUCGGUUCGGACAGCUAUGCUGAGGGAACAAAUGUGGACUGUCAACAACAGAAAGAAAAUCGAUCAUUGGAUAUACUCAGCUUGUUGAAUCUUUCAACUGCCCCACAAGAGCACAAAAGUAGCUGCCCUGAUAGAAGCAGUAUUCUGCAUAUUAAUGAUUCGAAGGUAAAACACCAAUUCAGAAAUUUUCCACCCACUCCAAUUGCCAAUGCAGUAACUCAUGUCAUGCCUACUGAAGUUCACAGAGCAGGAACAGGUUCUCAAUUUGGCAAUCAAGCUAAUACUCUUCUUCCGAUGAAUGAAGUCAAUAACCAUGUCUCAGAUAAUCAAAAGAACAAGCUUGGUCAUAAGAAGGGAAUAAUGUAUGAGCCACGUACAUCUGUCCUUGAUUUGCUUGGUGAUGAUCCUUCUGACAGAAAUUUGGAAAUUAGUCCAGCAAAUGAAGAUCACGUUGCCUUUUCAGUAAACGGCUUAGGUAGAGUGGGAACAGAAACACCAGUUCAUUCACCACCGCAAGUUGACAGAGCGUUUUCCUAUGGUUGCGCAUCACCCUUAAAAUAUUCAGGCUGGUCAGACAUGUUGGAGAACGGAGAUCAUGCAACGGAUGACCUUGAUUUUGAAGCAAAGUCCAUGAUGAAAUCUUUUAAUGUGCCCAAUCGUCCUCAUUCUUUGAGGAACUCAAUGGGUAUAGGAGAUUGGUAUGACAAUCUGGAGGCAAACACCUGCGUGUGGGAUAACUCAAAUCAUCACUGGACGAAUAGUAGCAUAAUGACAUCAUCUGGUCACAAAGAUGUAUGGGAAGCAAGCUAUAGUACUCUUAAUAACAACUAUUUUCCCGGGGGAGAUUACGGCAUCUCAUGGGAAAAACGUCCUUUCGAAGUGGAUGACCUAUGUGAUGAUUUCACCACGUAUGAAAAUCAUGAAUUGUCAAUGCAUGAUUGUGAUCAAGUUCGUUUGCUUAAGAAAAGGGUCAUUGCUGAAGCUGGAGUCAGAAGCGAAACUUUAGUGUCUCCACCAUUGUAUGGACAGCGUUGUUCAGAAGAAGCAUACUGGUCUAGCGCCGUUGCGGGAGAUCCAAGAGAGAGUUCAAGCUUUCAAAGUUCCGGCAGCAAAGAGUCAUGCUCCUCCACUACACGUUAUCGUUUCUUGUGAUGGCAGUUCUUUCUCCAAACCUAUUUCAGCCGUACUUUUCUAUUGGUAAACAAAGCUACCUUGGAAGAUGCCUGAUUUACUCCUUCAGAUUGACCUUUUCAGUGGGAUUGUCAGUUUUGUCCUCCAACUGGAACUAUAUUGUCAAGUGGAAUUCAUUUUUGUCCUUCUACUUUUGCAUGAUUUCAAUGAGGGCGUGUCUCGAUACUCUUCUA